CCUAUUUCUGACAGACGACAACUUUUUUUGCAAGGGCUCCUAAGAUUUUUGCCAAGUACCUUGAAAACAUGUCUGACGCGGAACUUCCCGAUAGCAAGAGAAGGAGGGAAGCCUUCCACGAUGAGAGGACGAUGAGCGUCUCGGCCAUGGUGAUUCCUGGGCGUGAAGGGAGGCACAUUGCCAAGGGAUGCUAUGCCGGUCGGAGCGUUGCAGUUUUUACUAGUGGUGGAGAUGCACAAGGUAUGAAUGCAGCGGUUAGAGCAGUGGUGAGAAUGGGAAUAUAUGUUGGCUGUAGAGUCUACUGCAUUAGAGAGGGUUAUCAAGGUAUGGUAGAUGGUGGAGAUAACAUAGUGGAAGCAUCCUGGGCCAGUGUGUCUGGAAUAUUACAGCAGGGUGGAACCACCAUAGGCAGUGCUCGUUGCAAGGAUUUCCGUGAGAAAGAAGGUCGCCUGAAAGCUGCGUUUAACCUUAUUCAGCGUGAGAUUACCAACAUUGUGUGUAUUGGAGGAGAUGGUAGCCUCACUGGAGCCAACUGCUUCAGGAACGAGUGGCCAGAACUGUUGCAGGAGUUGGUCUCUCAGGGUAAGAUCACAAAGCAGCAGGCAGACAAGUGCCAACACCUACAUAUAGUGGGUAUGGUAGGCUCUAUUGACAAUGACUUCUGUGGUACUGACAUGACUAUAGGGACAGACUCCGCUCUGCAUAGGAUUAUUGAGGCUGUAGACGCCAUCACUACCACAGCACAAAGUCACCAGAGAGCAUUUGUUAUGGAAGUCAUGGGAAGACAUUGUGGGUACUUGGCACUGGUAGCUGCCUUGGCCAGUGGAGCCAGCUGGGUGUUCAUUCCUGAGGCUCCCCCAGAGGAAAACUGGGAAGAUAAAUUCUGCGACUUCUUGGCACAGGAGAGACAGCUGGGCCGCAGGCUGAAUAUUAUCAUAGUGGCUGAGGGGGCCAUAGAUGUUAAUGGUAGUCCUAUUACAGCUACUGGGGUGCAGCAACUGAUCACCAGUAGGCUGAAGUUUGAUACCAGGGUCACUGUUCUUGGUCAUGUACAGAGAGGAGGGAGCCCUUCUGCUUUUGACAGAAUUUUGAGUACAAGAAUGGGUGCUGAGGCUGUCCUGGCUCUGAUGGAGGCCACCCCUGAGACUCCAGCAUGUGUGGUCUCUCUGGACGGCAACCAGACUGUCAGAGUACCACUGAUGCAGUGUGUGGAGAGGACCCAGAUGGUGCAAAAAGCCAUGAAUGCGAAGAAGUUUGAUCUGGCUCAGAGAUUGCGUGGAAGGAGCUUCCAAAGUAAUCUAUUUACUUACAAAAGUCUGAGGAAACUUCGCCCGCCUCCAGCUUCAGCCUGCAAUCCUGAAGGAACCUGUCAGAAACCAUUCAACCUGGCAGUGAUGAACAUUGGUGCCCCUGCUGCAGGGAUGAAUGCCUGUAUGAGGGCCUUUGUUAGGAUAGCCCAGACAGCUGGCUACACUGUGCUGGGUAUUAUAGAUGGGUUUGAAGGCCUUUGUGAGGAUAAUGUGCGCCCCAUAAGCUGGAUGGAGGUCCACAACUGGGUGGGGCAAGGAGGCUCUAAUAUUGGCACUAAGAGGAUUCUUGCCAGUGAGAAGGGUUAUGAAGAUGUUGCCAACAAACUUAAACAGCAUAAUGUCCAUGGUCUGUUAGUGAUUGGAGGGUUUGAGGCAUUUCACAGUGUGUUAAAGAUGGCAGAAAUGCGGGAGAAAUUCGAUGGAUUCUGUAUCCCAAUGAUGGUGAUCCCUUGUACUAUAAGCAAUAACGUCCCUGGCACAGACUUCAGUCUGGGCUGUGAUACUGCGCUCAACGAGAUUGCUGAUAUAUGUGAUAGAAUCAAACAAUCAGCCACAGGAACAAAGAGGCGUGUCUUCGUGGUGGAGACCAUGGGGGGUCACUGUGGUUACCUGGCAACACUCAGUGGAUUGGCAGGAGGGGCUGAUGCUGCCUAUAUAUUUGAGGAGCCAUUUGGUAUUAAGGACUUACAGAAUGAUGUCAUCCAUAUACGUGCCAAAAUCAAAGAUGGUGUACAGAGGGGUCUCAUUAUUAGAAAUGAAAAAGCCAACAGUAACUACACCACAGACUUCAUCCACCAGCUGUACUCUGAGGAGGGCAAGGAUACCUUCACCUGCAGGAAAAAUGUGCUGGGGCACAUGCAACAGGGAGGAGCUCCAUCUCCAUUUGACAGAAAUCUGGGGACAAAGUUUGGCUGCCGAGCUGCAGAGUAUCUGUCCAAGCAGGUGUCUGAAAGUGUAGUGGACGGCAAGGUGUACAGUACAGCCCCUGGGACAGCCAGUGUUCUGGGUGUGGUCAGGAGACAGAUGAUAGUGACACCUAUGGCUGUGUUGGGAAGCAUCACUGACUUCAAAUAUCGUAUCCCCAAACAGCAGUGGUGGCUGAAGCUACGCCCUCUGCUACGAAUCAUGGCCAAGCACGAGUCCCAGUACGAGAUGGAAGGAAUCAACCUCAAGAGCGUGGAGAGCACGGAUGAAUCGGACGAUGUUGUACUCCAGGCUGGCGUAGGCAUCCAAUGA